CCCAUUUUGCCCGCCCGCUUACGCGGCCUACACGCUCUGGGGACAGCCCUGAGGCAGCAUCGCCGCACGCACCAGCCUCUUGAGCCAGUGGGACGCUCUCUCGAAAUUUGGUCCUAAGAUAGUUAAGGUUUUAUUUUGUUUUGUUUCCAAGUUACGGUCCCUGAAUUUUGUACCACUCUCCCUGGACCACUUCCGGUUGUCGGCCCUUGCCUCGAAACUUCGGUUCGGGUGACCUCGGCCCCAGAUGCCCCUCGGCUCGCCCUGGGCUCACGUCCUGAUCCCGGUUUGACUGGCCCGAGGUGGGGGACCUGGAAGUUUUAGCCUCGCUGAUUUCGAGGCGGAUUAAUUAGCCCAAGAAACAUUAUAUUCAUGCUUAGGUGGAGAAAAGCAGGGCUAGAAUUGGAACUCAAAGCCCAGAAUGGCAGGAGAGGAUGUGGGGGCUCCACCCGAUCGCCUCUGGGUUCACCAAGAGGGUAUCUACCGCGACGAAUACCAGCGCACAUGGGUGGCCGUCGUGGAACAGGGGACGAGUUUCCUAAGGGCACGAGUCCAGCAAGUUCAGGUUCCCUUAGGUGACGCGGCUAGGCCGAGUCACCUUCUUACCUCCCAGCUACCUCUCAUGUGGCAACUCUACCCUGAGGAGCGCUACAUGGAUAACAACUCUCGCUUGUGGCAGAUCCAGCAUCAUUUAAUGGUCAGGGGAGUACAGGAGCUGUUGCUUAAGCUUUUGCCUGAUGAUUAACCUGGUGCUGGGAUUCUAGGAAGAUAUGCUCCUCUGUUCUGUUCAGUAUAUGGCAAUCACUUCAUCCACCACUGCAGUGCACCCAC